AUGGCCUCCGACCCCUUCACGCUCCAGUUCUGCGUCGAUGACAACCUGCGCAUCUUUGCGCGCAUGCUCGCGUGCCUCGACCGCGUCGGAAAGGACCUCUACCUCGAGGCGUCCGGCGGGCAGGUGUCUCUGCGCACGCUGAACGCUGCGCAGUCCGCCUUCGUCAAGUUCCACCUCCGACCCGACUUCUUCGCCGAGUUUGUCCUCGAGCCCAAUGCUUCGCUCUCGAUGAAGGUGUACCUGAAGAACCUGGUGCCCAUCUUCCGCUCCGUGGCGGGCGUGAGCAAGGUCUGGGUCCAGGUGGCGAGCGGAGAGGAAAACUACCUCCGCGUGCAGCAAGAGCUCCGCAAGAAGUUCGACCUCGCCUUCGAAGAGGUGACGAUGAUCAACGCAGUGUACUCGCCCGACUCCGCCGGCGCAGACGCGCUCACCCUGCGCAACGACCCGGACAACAUCGGCCUCGACGACCAGAAGGACGUCGGCCUCCGCACCGAGCUCUCCAUCUCGCCCGAGAACCUGCACGCAUACAUGCCCAACCCGGCCUCGAGCGGCGUGUCGGCCCUGCUCAGCCUGGUCAAGGAGCUCGAGCACCGCGCGGCCGGCCAGCCAAUCCUCUUGAGCUCGGAGCCACGCUCGCAGACGGGCGCACCCUUCUCCGUCGAGUCCGUCCUCGCCACCGUCGUCGAGGCCGCAUCGCUGGGCGACGAGGACGACAUGUUCGGCGACGAGCCGGCCGACGAGCCGAUGCCCUCCGUCGGCCACGCCUCGGGACGGAUCGACUCGGUCCACUCCUUUUCGUCGGCGGUCUGGUCGGACACGGAGGAGGAGGAGGACGCGGUGCCAGGGACCCCCCCGGGAGGACACGCGGCCGGCGCGAGCGCUGGCGACGACCCGGCCGAGCAGCGCAGUGUGGCCCGGCCUCGCACGCCGACGCGCGCUGGUCUUAAGCCCGUAGGCGCCGCGCCUCCGAGCAAGCGGCCGUGCGUCAACGGGUCUUGCCGCUGA